AACUUCCAGUUAAUAGUUUAUAAUUUUUUUAAUGAACCUGCUUAAAUCCGCGAAUUUGGUUAAAUUAUUUAAAACCAAGAUAAAUUUGUAUUAACAGUGUUUUGCGUUAUUUGAACAAAAAAAAUGUCAAUAACAACAUUAUAUUAUUUACAAUUAAAAAAAGAUAAUGCUCAUGAAGACUCAGUUUGGUGUUGUACUUGGAGCCGCAUCGGAAAAGAGAAGCAGAAAGAGGACGAAAACGCAGAAAAUAACGAACAUUCUCAAGACUCUAACCAAUCUCAAGAAGCUGCAGAAAACUAUAUAAUUACAGGAGGACUUGAUGAUUUAAUAAAAAUUUGGCAACUUGAGAAUGGGAAAUUAGAAGUGAAACAUCAGUUGGAGGGGCACUCACUAGGUGUUAUAUCUGUUGCUGUUAGUCCUGAUGGAAAAACUCUGGCUAGUAGUUCCCAAGAUUCCUCAUUAAUACUGUGGGACAUAGCGUCUGGAGAAAAACUGAAGAUGAUGGAGACAGGUCCUACAGACGUGUGGACAUUGGACUUUUCCCCUGAUGGUAAACAUGUGAUAUCUGGAAGUAAUGCAGGCAAAAUAUUGAUAUUUAGUGUGGAGACGGGCAAGCAGGAACAGACUUUAGAUACUCGUGGCAAAUUCACACUCAGUGUUGCUUAUAGCCCUGAUGGUAAAUAUAUUGCAAGUGGAGCUUUAGAUGGUAUUAUAAACAUAUUUGAUGUAGCACAAGGCAAACUAGUCCAUACAUUAGAAGGGCAUGCAAUGCCUAUCCGUAGCCUGUGUUUCUCACCAGACUCACAACUUUUACUUACUGCAUCUGAUGAUGGACAUAUGAAAUUAUAUGAUGUGGUUCAUGCAAAUUUAGCUGGCACUUUAUCAGGUCAUGCAUCCUGGGUGCUAUCAGUGGCAUUUUCACCUGAUGGCAAGCGUUUUGUAUCUGGAAGUGCAGACCGAACAGUAAGAGUUUGGGAUCUAGAUAGCAUGCAAUGCCAAAAUGUGUUCAAAGAACAUAGUGACCAGGUUUGGGGUGUGAAAUUUAAUGCAGAAAGUAAUAAAAUUGUAUCAGUAUCAGAAGACAAAAGUGUAAAUAUUUACGACUGUCCAUUGUAAAUAGUAUUUUAUUAUUUACAAGUAUUUUGAAUAAGAAUAAAUAUAUAUGUUUAACUGUACAAAUAUUGUAUAUUGUGAUUUUUAUGGAAGUGAAACACUCUUCUCGACUAAAGUGGCGACCAUAUAAAUUACGUAAAUUACACGCUGCAGUGCGUUUCUUUC